AUGACCGGCACCGAACACCGGGGUGACGAGGCGGCGGACGGAGACGGCACUCCCAGCGACGCACCACAGUCGGGGACGGUCGGCGGCCGGGCGGCCCUGAAGCCUCGCAGUCAGGAGCCCGAGGCGAGGAGCGCGAGUCGCGAGUCGAUGGCCUCGACCCUGACAGACGAGCCCGCUCGCGAGGCGGCAGCGAGCCCGAGUCACCAGUCGUUAGCGGCGAGCGUUGGCAACGAGCCGGGCUGUCAGCCGACGGCGGGGCAGGCGGCGCCGCUCGAGCCGCCGGUGGAGGACUCCGCCUACAGCUGGGUGAUCGUCGGCGCGGCUUCGCUGCAGUUUGUGCUGGUCGGCGGCAUCCACAAGUCGUUCGGUCUGGUGCUGGCGGCGCUGGUGCAGCGCCACGGCUUCACCGCCGCGCAGGUGUCCAUCAUCCCGGCCACGUACAUUGCGGCCAGCUUCCUCGUGGCGCCGCUGUGCGGGGCCCUCUGCCGCCGGCUCUCCGAGCGGAGCGUGGCCAUGCUCGGCGGCCUGUGCUCCACGCUGGGGCUCGCCAUCAGCGCGCUCACCAGCGGCGUCCACCUCCUCUACCUUACCAACGGGCUCAUCUUCGGCGUAGGCCAGGGCUGCAACUACGUGUCCGGCACCCUGCUUGUGACGCAGUACUUCGUGAAGCGACGUGGUCUGCUGCUGCUGGAGGAGUACGGCAUCCCCGGCACGUACCUCAUGCUGGGGGGCUUGCACAUGCACACGCUCGUCUCGGCGGCGCUGUACCGGCCGCUGGAGAAGCAGCGGAUGAUCAUGCGGCUGGACAGGAGGCGGUGCUUGAGGAGACUGAAGACGGCCGACAGGGCCAGCGCACCGAUCCAGGACGAAUGCAAGAAACAGGCGCUGCUGAGCGUGCUGCUCUUCUCCGCCGGACUGCCGCACGUUCUCCUGCUGGUGCCUCGCUUUGGCCUCGAGAUCGGCAUCAGCCGAGGCCGCACUGCCAACAUGAUCGCCACCGUGGCGCCCAUCGACAUCCUCAGCCGGCUGUCCCGGUACGGCUUCUUCAUCACCUGCCUGGUGGGCGGAGCGGGCAUACUGGCGCUGGUGUUCGUCCGCACGUACGCCGGUCUGUACGUCGCCUGCGCAUUCGUCUACGCCGGCAUCGGCUUCUUCUUCGUGGUGAUGCCGGUGAUGUACGCCGAAUACUACGGCGUGGAGCGCCUCUCGUCCACGCUCACCAUGUCCAACAUGUUCUCGGGCAUGGCUAACCUGGUGGCGCAGCCGCUGUGCGGUCUGCUACGGGACUCGACCGGCUCGUUCCGACCCGUGUUCGGCGUGCUUGCGGCGUGCAUGCUGACGGGCGGGGCUGUCAUGCUGACGCACCCCUGCAUUGAGCGGACACGCCAUCGCAACGCCGGCAUCAUCCUGUAUAUUGAAUAA